UGUACUCCGCAUCUCAUUUGCGGCGGGGCCAAUUUCUCCAUUUACAAACUCCGCUCGGGGGGGAAGAAAAAAAAAAAAAAUUUGAGUAGGAAUUCGCGUUUUUCCUUUUGCACCUUCGCCACAUUUUCGCCGUUUGCACGCGCUCGCACUCUCCCUCUGCGGUCACUGCGCUGGUCCUUUCGUUCUUCCUCUGCGGCAGAAAGGAAGGUGUCGGCGACUGACUUGAACUGCAUUUUUCCGGGGGGGAAGAGCGGAAGCUUGCGGUCUUUGUUCAUUCAUUCGAUCGGUUGGGGCUCCCUUUGUUGGACCGAGAGCAUGGGAGCACAAAUCUCCAAAAGCGCCGGGAAAGAGGAGGCUGCGGUGGAAACGCCCGCAGAAGGCGCGGCGGUUGCAGCCAAGGCGAACGGACAGGAGAAUGGCCACGCCAAGACCAAUGGGGACGCCUCUCCCGCUGCGGAGGAGGCCAACAAAGCCGAUGUUCAGGCCAACGGCAGCACUCCUACCGAGGAGGCGCCAAAAGAAGAAGGCGAGAAAGUAGAGGCUGCGGAGGCCAACGGAGAGAAGGAGCCGGCGGCCACUAAUGGAGAAGCUUCUGCCAAGCCGGAGGAAGGCACUCCAUCCACCAGCGAGGAUGGCAAGCAGAAGAAGAAGCGUUUCUCCUUCAAGAAACCCUCCUUCAAGCUCAGCGGCUUCUCUUUCAAGAAGACCAAGAAGGAGUCCGAGGAGGCAGCCGAGGAAGGAGCAGCCGCAGAAGCAGCAGCAGCAGAAGAACCAGCCGAGGAGGAGAAGGCGGCAUCAGAGGAGGCGGCUGCUGCUGAGGAGACCAAGCCAGCUGAGGCUGCUGAGGAGGGAGCCAAGGAGGCUGCAGCUGAGGAGCCAAAGGCCGAGGAGGAAGUGAAGGCAGAAGGAGCUGAAGCACCACCAGCAGCAGCAGCAGCGGGAGGAGAGGAGAAACCAGCUGAAGCUUCACCCACUGAGCCGGAAGCAGCAGCCAGUCCAGAGGCCCCUGCCGCCGCUGAGUAAUCCUGCUGAACCAGACACCGGAAUGAAGGAGACGACGGAGCCCGUCUGAAGGAAUGCGAGGACUUGUCUAAAACCAGGGAUUUUUUGUUUCUUUUUUUUUUGUCAGUGUUUUGUUUACUAUUCUGCAACCAUCCCAUCCAUAAUGACUGCAAUGUCCGUGGCAGUGAUGGACAGGAGGAGGUGUACUGGCGAGUGUGCUGCUUCUUCACUGCUCAUUGGUGCUUGCAUUUGUGACGUGGAUGUAAGUGUGUGUGUGUGAGUGUGCGAAUGUGAGUGUGAAUGUUUUUCUACAUGAAACCAUGACUGUGUUGACACGUUGCUGAAUUUGACAUAUUUAAUCUUAAGUAUUUGGUGCUGGGCAAUUGGAUGUAGCAGCUAAAGCUGUGUCUGCAAGAUGUGACACGUUGUGAUCUUUUAAAAGGGAAAAAAGUCCUAAACCAAGUCUUACAUGUUGUCUUUGCAGUGCACAGUUGUUUACAACUCUUUAAGCUCGACGCUCCUGUGGACACAACCAUUCCUGAAUGAACUAGAUUUAGUAAACUGUCAAAAACGAUAUAGUUGCUCAUCACUUUUCCAUUAGAUUCCACCAUUUCAAAACUCUGUAGUAAUGCACGUUGUAUAGACUUUGAUAUUACUGGUUUUAUGACUGAGAUGUACCUAAAUGACUGAAGUUUUUAACAGAUUACCCCAUUGUAAAUGAAGUUUUCUUGUUUUUCACCAUUUGUAAGAUUGAAUAAAAUUGGGAGAUGUUUUAAGCAGAUUUUGCAUCAAGCUGUGAUGACUACAACACCACUUAAAAUCUACACAAAAAAAAGAAGCACAAAAACAAAGGGUCAGGGGCGCAAUCUUUGAAACGGCAUCUUUUUUUGUACAUAAUGAGGCUUCACUUUAUUCAAUGUGGAAUGUAACAUUGCCUCCAAAGUGUUCAGUUUGUUUUUCUGUGAGCACUGAAAGAAUAAAGGACUGAAGUGUGAA